AUGUUCUCUCAGAAUCUAACCUUCAACUCCAGUGAGGCUUUGGAGGCCCCAUGGGGACAGUGUGGGAACAUGAUAGCAGGUGUUUUAGUCUGGAUGUCUUUUGGUACUCUCUUCUCUCUGAUUGGAUGUCCCGCAUGUGUUGCUGUUCUCUGGGAGCUGUUUCGGAGACACAGAGCUGGAACCUCUAUCACACCUCAUGACGUUUUCAUGAUCAACCUCACCGUUAUGGACAUGAUCUUCUUGUUUUUUGUCCCAUUUGGGAUGCUUAACUUCCUUCUCUGGCAAGACAUGCUUUUCCAGAAGUUCACCAAUUUUCUCUAUACUCUAAGCCUGGCUGGACGACCUCUUCUAACAGCAUGCAUCUGUCUGGACUGCUACCUGGCUGUGGUCCAUCCCAUCACCUACAGCACAAAGAAGAGUCUGACUCCCCGGGUCCUCAUGGCUGCUGCUGUGUGGACUGCCACAAUGGUCCAAGGGGUCAUGUCCAUAAUUAAUGCAGAGCUCACCCAUGAUCCCUGGGCCAUAUUUUUGUCCAUCAUGGCACUACCAAUAAUUGUCAUAUGUGAUGCCUCCAUCCUCUGGACCCUGAAGAAGUCCUACCUUGGAGGGAGAGAUCUCCACCCCAGAAAGAAGAAAGCUGUCCAGAUUAUCACCAACAGCUUGGUCAUGACCAUCACCUCACAUGUCCCUCCAGUGCUGGUGUUCAUCUUUGGGCCUUUCAUAAUCAAAGAUGAGAAAGAAUAUGAGUGCUUCUUAGCAGUACCUGCCUUGAUCACUCCGAUUGCAGGGAGUGCAAUCAUGCCUUUGCUAUAUUUAGGCAAUCUGGGGAGGCUGAAUAACCUUUGCUGUUAG